UCCUGCAGCCAACACUGUGCGUGCCGGUCCAAGCCAGGGUCAACAGUUUGCCAGAAAUCAUUCUGUUCCUGACAGACUUGAAUCUUCUCAGACACACAAACUAAGGCCACCAAAAGAUCCUCAAAAUGUCACAUCAGGAAAAAAGCCAAAGACAAGAAAUUGUGGUCACCUUCCAAGGCAUCAAAAAGAAAGUAACAGCUCAGAACUUGCUAGAAUCAAAAAUUAUUGACAAGUCAUUAUUUGAAGACCUUUGCAACGGAAAAGUCACAGCAGAGCAAGUAAGCACUAGGGAUUCGGUGCGCAGGUACCUGCAGGGAACCGACUGCAUUGCAGGAGUGUUUGUGCAGUCCACCAAACAGACCAUGAGCAUCUAUGAAGCCAAAUCCAAAGGACAUCUAACAGCUGGAACGUCACUCGUUUUACUGGAGGCUCAAGCUGCCAUUGGAUUCAUGAUUGAUCCAUUGAAGAACAAAAAACUCUCAGUGGAGGAGGCAGUGGCUGAGGGAGUCGUGGGGGCUGAAUGGAAAAGCAAGCUGCUUUCUGCAGAGAAGGCAGUCACUGGCUACACUGACCCUCACACAGGAAACAUCAUUUCGUUGUUCCAGGCCUUGAAGAAAGAUCUCAUCGUCAGAGACCAUGGCAUCCGUCUUCUGGAAGCACAGAUUGCUACUGGAGGCAUCAUUGAUCCAGUGCACAGCCACCGUGUGCCUGUAGAGGUGGCUUACGAGAGAGGGUAUUUUGAUAAAGAAAUGAACCAGGUUCUUGCCGACCCGUCGGAUGACACCAAGGGCUUCUUUGACCCCAACACGAAGGAAAACCUCACCUACUUGCAACUACUUGGCAGGUGUGUGAGAGACCCCCACACUGGCCUAAAACUGCUUGUUGUUGUGAAGCCAGGAGAGUUUUACUUUUACAUUGACGAGCAUACAAAGACAACACUCCAGUGCACCACCACAAAGAAAGCAGGGGGUAAAUUCCAAGGAAAGGAGAUUUCCCUCUGGGAACUGAUAGACUCUGAAUACAUUGAAGAGGAAAAGAAAAGAGAUCUGGUUCAGCAAUUUAAAUCUGGCACUAUAACAGUUGAAUACUUCUUGGAGCAUGUGCUCACAAUUAUAGGUCAGAAAACGUCCUGUGUGACCGUUACGACCACCACCACCACUUCAACUAAAACGGGCCGUGGUUUCCGUGGAAUCAAAAAGCAAGUAACGGCUCAGAAUUUACUUGAAUCUAAAAUCAUUGACCAGCAAACUUUUGAAGACCUGAGCAUCGGAAAGGUCACGGCAGAGCAAGUAAGCACUAGGGAUUCGGUGCGCAGGUACCUGCAGGGAACCGACUGCAUUGCAGGAGUGUUUGUGCAGUCCACCAAACAGACCAUGAGCAUCUAUGAAGCCAAAUCCAAAGGACAUCUAACAGCUGGAACGUCACUCGUUUUACUGGAGGCUCAAGCUGCCAUUGGAUUCAUGAUUGAUCCAUUGAAGAACAAAAAACUCUCAGUGGAGGAGGCAGUGGCUGAGGGAGUCGUGGGGGCUGAAUGGAAAAGCAAGCUGCUUUCUGCAGAGAAGGCAGUCACUGGCUACACUGACCCUCACACAGGAAACAUCAUUUCGUUGUUCCAGGCCUUGAAGAAAGAUCUCAUCGUCAGAGACCAUGGCAUCCGUCUUCUGGAAGCACAGAUUGCUACUGGAGGCAUCAUUGAUCCAGUGCACAGCCACCGUGUGCCUGUAGAGGUGGCUUACGAGAGAGGGUAUUUUGAUAAAGAAAUGAACCAGGUUCUUGCCGACCCGUCGGAUGACACCAAGGGCUUCUUUGACCCCAACACGAAGGAAAACCUCACCUACUUGCAACUACUUGGCAGGUGUGUGAGAGACCCCCACACUGGCCUAAAACUGCUUGUUGUUGUGAAGCCAGGAGAGUUUUACUUUUACAUUGACGAGCAUACAAAGACAACACUCCAGUGCACCACCACAAAGAAAGCAGGGGGUAAAUUCCAAGGAAAGGAGAUUUCCCUCUGGGAACUGAUAGACUCUGAAUACAUUGAAGAGGAAAAGAAAAGAGAUCUGGUUCAGCAAUUUAAAUCUGGCACUAUAACAGUUGAAUACUUCUUGGAGCAUGUGCUCACAAUUAUAGGUCAGAAAACGUCCUGUGUGACCGUUACGACCACCACCACCACCACUUCAACUAAAACGGGCCGUGGUUUCCGUGGAAUCAAAAAGCAAGUAUCGGCUCAGAAUUUACUUGAAUCUAAAAUCAUUGACCAGCAAACUUUUGAAGACCUGAGCAUCGGAAAGGUCACGGCAGAGCAAGUAAGCACUAGGGAUUCGGUGCGCAGGUACCUGCAGGGAACCGACUGCAUUGCAGGAGUGUUUGUGCAGUCCACCAAACAGACCAUGAGCAUCUAUGAAGCCAAAUCCAAAGGACAUCUAACAGCUGGAACGUCACUCGUUUUACUGGAGGCUCAAGCUGCCAUUGGAUUCAUGAUUGAUCCAUUGAAGAACAAAAAACUCUCAGUGGAGGAGGCAGUGGCUGAGGGAGUCGUGGGGGCUGAAUGGAAAAGCAAGCUGCUUUCUGCAGAGAAGGCAGUCACUGGCUACACUGACCCUCACACAGGAAACAUCAUUUCGUUGUUCCAGGCCUUGAAGAAAGAUCUCAUCGUCAGAGACCAUGGCAUCCGUCUUCUGGAAGCACAGAUUGCUACUGGAGGCAUCAUUGAUCCAGUGCACAGCCACCGUGUGCCUGUAGAGGUGGCUUACGAGAGAGGGUAUUUUGAUAAAGAAAUGAACCAGGUUCUUGCCGACCCGUCGGAUGACACCAAGGGCUUCUUUGACCCCAACACGAAGGAAAACCUCACCUACUUGCAACUACUUGGCAGGUGUGUGAGAGACCCCCACACUGGCCUAAAACUGCUUGUUGUUGUGAAGCCAGGAGAGUUUUACUUUUACAUUGACGAGCAUACAAAGACAACACUCCAGUGCACCACCACAAAGAAAGCAGGGGGUAAAUUCCAAGGAAAGGAGAUUUCCCUCUGGGAACUGAUAGACUCUGAAUACAUUGAAGAGGAAAAGAAGAGAGAUCUGGUUCAGCAAUUUAAAUCUGGCACUAUAACAGUUGAAUACUUCUUGGAGCAUGUGCUCACAAUUAUAGGUCAGAAAACGUCCUGUGUGACCGUUACGACCACCACCACCACUUCAACUAAAACGGGCCCUGGUUUCUGUGGAAUCAAAAAGCAAGUAUCGGCUCAGAAUUUACUUGAAUCUAAAAUCAUUGACCAGCAAACUUUUGAAGACCUGAGCAUCGGAAAGGUCACGGCAGAGCAAGUAAGCACUAGGGAUUCGGUGCGCAGGUACCUGCAGGGAACCGACUGCAUUGCAGGAGUGUUUGUGCAGUCCACCAAACAGACCAUGAGCAUCUAUGAAGCCAAAUCCAAAGGACAUCUAACAGCUGGAACGUCACUCGUUUUACUGGAGGCUCAAGCUGCCAUUGGAUUCAUGAUUGAUCCAUUGAAGAACAAAAAACUCUCAGUGGAGGAGGCAGUGGCUGAGGGAGUCGUGGGGGCUGAAUGGAAAAGCAAGCUGCUUUCUGCAGAGAAGGCAGUCACUGGCUACACUGACCCUCACACAGGAAACAUCAUUUCGUUGUUCCAGGCCUUGAAGAAAGAUCUCAUCGUCAGAGACCAUGGCAUCCGUCUUCUGGAAGCACAGAUUGCUACUGGAGGCAUCAUUGAUCCAGUGCACAGCCACCGUGUGCCUGUAGAGGUGGCUUACGAGAGAGGGUAUUUUGAUAAAGAAAUGAACCAGGUUCUUGCCGACCCGUCGGAUGACACCAAGGGCUUCUUUGACCCCAACACGAAGGAAAACCUCACCUACUUGCAACUACUUGGCAGGUGUGUGAGAGACCCCCACACUGGCCUAAAACUGCUUGUUGUUGUGAAGCCAGGAGAGUUUUACUUUUACAUUGACGAGCAUACAAAGACAACACUCCAGUGCACCACCACAAAGAAAGCAGGGGGUAAAUUCCAAGGAAAGGAGAUUUCCCUCUGGGAACUGAUAGACUCUGAAUACAUUGAAGAGGAAAAGAAAAGAGAUCUGGUUCAGCAAUUUAAAUCUGGCACUAUAACAGUUGAAUACUUCUUGGAGCAUGUGCUCACAAUUAUAGGUCAGAAAACGUCCUGUGUGACCGUUACGACCACCACCACCACCACUUCAACUAAAACGGGCCCUGGUUUCCGUGGAAUCAAAAAGCAAGUAUCGGCUCAGAAUUUACUUGAAUCUAAAAUCAUUGACCAGCAAACUUUUGAAGACCUGAGCAUCGGAAAGGUCACGGCAGAGCAAGUAAGCACUAGGGAUUCGGUGCGCAGGUACCUGCAGGGAACCGACUGCAUUGCAGGAGUGUUUGUGCAGUCCACCAAACAGACCAUGAGCAUCUAUGAAGCCAAAUCCAAAGGACAUCUAACAGCUGGAACGUCACUCGUUUUACUGGAGGCUCAAGCUGCCAUUGGAUUCAUGAUUGAUCCAUUGAAGAACAAAAAACUCUCAGUGGAGGAGGCAGUGGCUGAGGGAGUCGUGGGGGCUGAAUGGAAAAGCAAGCUGCUUUCUGCAGAGAAGGCAGUCACUGGCUACACUGACCCUCACACAGGAAACAUCAUUUCGUUGUUCCAGGCCUUGAAGAAAGAUCUCAUCGUCAGAGACCAUGGCAUCCGUCUUCUGGAAGCACAGAUUGCUACUGGAGGCAUCAUUGAUCCAGUGCACAGCCACCGUGUGCCUGUAGAGGUGGCUUACGAGAGAGGGUAUUUUGAUAAAGAAAUGAACCAGGUUCUUGCCGACCCGUCGGAUGACACCAAGGGCUUCUUUGACCCCAACACGAAGGAAAACCUCACCUACUUGCAACUACUUGGCAGGUGUGUGAGAGACCCCCACACUGGCCUAAAACUGCUUGUUGUUGUGAAGCCAGGAGAGUUUUACUUUUACAUUGACGAGCAUACAAAGACAACACUCCAGUGCACCACCACAAAGAAAGCAGGGGGUAAAUUCCAAGGAAAGGAGAUUUCCCUCUGGGAACUGAUAGACUCUGAAUACAUUGAAGAGGAAAAGAAAAGAGAUCUGGUUCAGCAAUUUAAAUCUGGCACUAUAACAGUUGAAUACUUCUUGGAGCAUGUGCUCACAAUUAUAGGUCAGAAAACGUCCUGUGUGACCGUUACGACCACCACCACCACCACUUCAACUAAAACGGGCCGUGGUUUCCGUGGAAUCAAAAAGCAAGUAACGGCUCAGAAUUUACUUGAAUCUAAAAUCAUUGACCAGCAAACUUUUGAAGACCUGAGCAUCGGAAAGGUCACGGCAGAGCAAGUAAGCACUAGGGAUUCGGUGCGCAGGUACCUGCAGGGAACCGACUGCAUUGCAGGAGUGUUUGUGCAGUCCACCAAACAGACCAUGAGCAUCUAUGAAGCCAAAUCCAAAGGACAUCUAACAGCUGGAACGUCACUCGUUUUACUGGAGGCUCAAGCUGCCAUUGGAUUCAUGAUUGAUCCAUUGAAGAACAAAAAACUCUCAGUGGAGGAGGCAGUGGCUGAGGGAGUCGUGGGGGCUGAAUGGAAAAGCAAGCUGCUUUCUGCAGAGAAGGCAGUCACUGGCUACACUGACCCUCACACAGGAAACAUCAUUUCGUUGUUCCAGGCCUUGAAGAAAGAUCUCAUCGUCAGAGACCAUGGCAUCCGUCUUCUGGAAGCACAGAUUGCUACUGGAGGCAUCAUUGAUCCAGUGCACAGCCACCGUGUGCCUGUAGAGGUGGCUUACGAGAGAGGGUAUUUUGAUAAAGAAAUGAACCAGGUUCUUGCCGACCCGUCGGAUGACACCAAGGGCUUCUUUGACCCCAACACGAAGGAAAACCUCACCUACUUGCAACUACUUGGCAGGUGUGUGAGAGACCCCCACACUGGCCUAAAACUGCUUGUUGUUGUGAAGCCAGGAGAGUUUUACUUUUACAUUGACGAGCAUACAAAGACAACACUCCAGUGCACCACCACAAAGAAAGCAGGGGGUAAAUUCCAAGGAAAGGAGAUUUCCCUCUGGGAACUGAUAGACUCUGAAUACAUUGAAGAGGAAAAGAAGAGAGAUCUGGUUCAGCAAUUUAAAUCUGGCACUAUAACAGUUGAAUACUUCUUGGAGCAUGUGCUCACAAUUAUAGGUCAGAAAACGUCCUGUGUGACCGUUACGACCACCACCACCACUUCAACUAAAACGGGCCCUGGUUUCUGUGGAAUCAAAAAGCAAGUAUCGGCUCAGAAUUUACUUGAAUCUAAAAUCAUUGACCAGCAAACUUUUGAAGACCUGAGCAUCGGAAAGGUCACGGCAGAGCAAGUAAGCACUAGGGAUUCGGUGCGCAGGUACCUGCAGGGAACCGACUGCAUUGCAGGAGUGUUUGUGCAGUCCACCAAACAGACCAUGAGCAUCUAUGAAGCCAAAUCCAAAGGACAUCUAACAGCUGGAACGUCACUCGUUUUACUGGAGGCUCAAGCUGCCAUUGGAUUCAUGAUUGAUCCAUUGAAGAACAAAAAACUCUCAGUGGAGGAGGCAGUGGCUGAGGGAGUCGUGGGGGCUGAAUGGAAAAGCAAGCUGCUUUCUGCAGAGAAGGCAGUCACUGGCUACACUGACCCUCACACAGGAAACAUCAUUUCGUUGUUCCAGGCCUUGAAGAAAGAUCUCAUCGUCAGAGACCAUGGCAUCCGUCUUCUGGAAGCACAGAUUGCUACUGGAGGCAUCAUUGAUCCAGUGCACAGCCACCGUGUGCCUGUAGAGGUGGCUUACGAGAGAGGGUAUUUUGAUAAAGAAAUGAACCAGGUUCUUGCCGACCCGUCGGAUGACACCAAGGGCUUCUUUGACCCCAACACGAAGGAAAACCUCACCUACUUGCAACUACUUGGCAGGUGUGUGAGAGACCCCCACACUGGCCUAAAACUGCUUGUUGUUGUGAAGCCAGGAGAGUUUUACUUUUACAUUGACGAGCAUACAAAGACAACACUCCAGUGCACCACCACAAAGAAAGCAGGGGGUAAAUUCCAAGGAAAGGAGAUUUCCCUCUGGGAACUGAUAGACUCUGAAUACAUUGAAGAGGAAAAGAAAAGAGAUCUGGUUCAGCAAUUUAAAUCUGGCACUAUAACAGUUGAAUACUUCUUGGAGCAUGUGCUCACAAUUAUAGGUCAGAAAACGUCCUGUGUGACCGUUACGACCACCACCACCACCACUUCAACUAAAACGGGCCCUGGUUUCCGUGGAAUCAAAAAGCAAGUAUCGGCUCAGAAUUUACUUGAAUCUAAAAUCAUUGACCAGCAAACUUUUGAAGACCUGAGCAUCGGAAAGGUCACGGCAGAGCAAGUAAGCACUAGGGAUUCGGUGCGCAGGUACCUGCAGGGAACCGACUGCAUUGCAGGAGUGUUUGUGCAGUCCACCAAACAGACCAUGAGCAUCUAUGAAGCCAAAUCCAAAGGACAUCUAACAGCUGGAACGUCACUCGUUUUACUGGAGGCUCAAGCUGCCAUUGGAUUCAUGAUUGAUCCAUUGAAGAACAAAAAACUCUCAGUGGAGGAGGCAGUGGCUGAGGGAGUCGUGGGGGCUGAAUGGAAAAGCAAGCUGCUUUCUGCAGAGAAGGCAGUCACUGGCUACACUGACCCUCACACAGGAAACAUCAUUUCGUUGUUCCAGGCCUUGAAGAAAGAUCUCAUCGUCAGAGACCAUGGCAUCCGUCUUCUGGAAGCACAGAUUGCUACUGGAGGCAUCAUUGAUCCAGUGCACAGCCACCGUGUGCCUGUAGAGGUGGCUUACGAGAGAGGGUAUUUUGAUAAAGAAAUGAACCAGGUUCUUGCCGACCCGUCGGAUGACACCAAGGGCUUCUUUGACCCCAACACGAAGGAAAACCUCACCUACUUGCAACUACUUGGCAGGUGUGUGAGAGACCCCCACACUGGCCUAAAACUGCUUGUUGUUGUGAAGCCAGGAGAGUUUUACUUUUACAUUGACGAGCAUACAAAGACAACACUCCAGUGCACCACCACAAAGAAAGCAGGGGGUAAAUUCCAAGGAAAGGAGAUUUCCCUCUGGGAACUGAUAGACUCUGAAUACAUUGAAGAGGAAAAGAAAAGAGAUCUGGUUCAGCAAUUUAAAUCUGGCACUAUAACAGUUGAAUACUUCUUGGAGCAUGUGCUCACAAUUAUAGGUCAGAAAACGUCCUGUGUGACCGUUACGACCACCACCACCACCACUUCAACUAAAACGGGCCGUGGUUUCCGUGGAAUCAAAAAGCAAGUAACGGCUCAGAAUUUACUUGAAUCUAAAAUCAUUGACCAGCAAACUUUUGAAGACCUGAGCAUCGGAAAGGUCACGGCAGAGCAAGUAAGCACUAGGGAUUCGGUGCGCAGGUACCUGCAGGGAACCGACUGCAUUGCAGGAGUGUUUGUGCAGUCCACCAAACAGACCAUGAGCAUCUAUGAAGCCAAAUCCAAAGGACAUCUAACAGCUGGAACGUCACUCGUUUUACUGGAGGCUCAAGCUGCCAUUGGAUUCAUGAUUGAUCCAUUGAAGAACAAAAAACUCUCAGUGGAGGAGGCAGUGGCUGAGGGAGUCGUGGGGGCUGAAUGGAAAAGCAAGCUGCUUUCUGCAGAGAAGGCAGUCACUGGCUACACUGACCCUCACACAGGAAACAUCAUUUCGUUGUUCCAGGCCUUGAAGAAAGAUCUCAUCGUCAGAGACCAUGGCAUCCGUCUUCUGGAAGCACAGAUUGCUACUGGAGGCAUCAUUGAUCCAGUGCACAGCCACCGUGUGCCUGUAGAGGUGGCUUACGAGAGAGGGUAUUUUGAUAAAGAAAUGAACCAGGUUCUUGCCGACCCGUCGGAUGACACCAAGGGCUUCUUUGACCCCAACACGAAGGAAAACCUCACCUACUUGCAACUACUUGGCAGGUGUGUGAGAGACCCCCACACUGGCCUAAAACUGCUUGUUGUUGUGAAGCCAGGAGAGUUUUACUUUUACAUUGACGAGCAUACAAAGACAACACUCCAGUGCACCACCACAAAGAAAGCAGGGGGUAAAUUCCAAGGAAAGGAGAUUUCCCUCUGGGAACUGAUAGACUCUGAAUACAUUGAAGAGGAAAAGAAAAGAGAUCUGGUUCAGCAAUUUAAAUCUGGCACUAUAACAGUUGAAUACUUCUUGGAGCAUGUGCUCACAAUUAUAGGUCAGAAAACGUCCUGUGUGACCGUUACGACCACCACCACCACUUCAACUAAAACGGGCCGUGGUUUCCGUGGAAUCAAAAAGCAAGUAACGGCUCAGAAUUUACUUGAAUCUAAAAUCAUUGACCAGCAAACUUUUGAAGACCUGAGCAUCGGAAAGGUCACGGCAGAGCAAGUAAGCACUAGGGAUUCGGUGCGCAGGUACCUGCAGGGAACCGACUGCAUUGCAGGAGUGUUUGUGCAGUCCACCAAACAGACCAUGAGCAUCUAUGAAGCCAAAUCCAAAGGACAUCUAACAGCUGGAACGUCACUCGUUUUACUGGAGGCUCAAGCUGCCAUUGGAUUCAUGAUUGAUCCAUUGAAGAACAAAAAACUCUCAGUGGAGGAGGCAGUGGCUGAGGGAGUCGUGGGGGCUGAAUGGAAAAGCAAGCUGCUUUCUGCAGAGAAGGCAGUCACUGGCUACACUGACCCUCACACAGGAAACAUCAUUUCGUUGUUCCAGGCCUUGAAGAAAGAUCUCAUCGUCAGAGACCAUGGCAUCCGUCUUCUGGAAGCACAGAUUGCUACUGGAGGCAUCAUUGAUCCAGUGCACAGCCACCGUGUGCCUGUAGAGGUGGCUUACGAGAGAGGGUAUUUUGAUAAAGAAAUGAACCAGGUUCUUGCCGACCCGUCGGAUGACACCAAGGGCUUCUUUGACCCCAACACGAAGGAAAACCUCACCUACUUGCAACUACUUGGCAGGUGUGUGAGAGACCCCCACACUGGCCUAAAACUGCUUGUUGUUGUGAAGCCAGGAGAGUUUUACUUUUACAUUGACGAGCAUACAAAGACAACACUCCAGUGCACCACCACAAAGAAAGCAGGGGGUAAAUUCCAAGGAAAGGAGAUUUCCCUCUGGGAACUGAUAGACUCUGAAUACAUUGAAGAGGAAAAGAAAAGAGAUCUGGUUCAGCAAUUUAAAUCUGGCACUAUAACAGUUGAAUACUUCUUGGAGCAUGUGCUCACAAUUAUAGGUCAGAAAACGUCCUGUGUGACCGUUACGACCACCACCACCACCACUUCAACUAAAACGGGCCGUGGUUUCCGUGGAAUCAAAAAGCAAGUAACGGCUCAGAAUUUACUUGAAUCUAAAAUCAUUGACCAGCAAACUUUUGAAGACCUGAGCAUCGGAAAGGUCACGGCAGAGCAAGUAAGCACUAGGGAUUCGGUGCGCAGGUACCUGCAGGGAACCGACUGCAUUGCAGGAGUGUUUGUGCAGUCCACCAAACAGACCAUGAGCAUCUAUGAAGCCAAAUCCAAAGGACAUCUAACAGCUGGAACGUCACUCGUUUUACUGGAGGCUCAAGCUGCCAUUGGAUUCAUGAUUGAUCCAUUGAAGAACAAAAAACUCUCAGUGGAGGAGGCAGUGGCUGAGGGAGUCGUGGGGGCUGAAUGGAAAAGCAAGCUGCUUUCUGCAGAGAAGGCAGUCACUGGCUACACUGACCCUCACACAGGAAACAUCAUUUCGUUGUUCCAGGCCUUGAAGAAAGAUCUCAUCGUCAGAGACCAUGGCAUCCGUCUUCUGGAAGCACAGAUUGCUACUGGAGGCAUCAUUGAUCCAGUGCACAGCCACCGUGUGCCUGUAGAGGUGGCUUACGAGAGAGGGUAUUUUGAUAAAGAAAUGAACCAGGUUCUUGCCGACCCGUCGGAUGACACCAAGGGCUUCUUUGACCCCAACACGAAGGAAAACCUCACCUACUUGCAACUACUUGGCAGGUGUGUGAGAGACCCCCACACUGGCCUAAAACUGCUUGUUGUUGUGAAGCCAGGAGAGUUUUACUUUUACAUUGACGAGCAUACAAAGACAACACUCCAGUGCACCACCACAAAGAAAGCAGGGGGUAAAUUCCAAGGAAAGGAGAUUUCCCUCUGGGAACUGAUAGACUCUGAAUACAUUGAAGAGGAAAAGAAAAGAGAUCUGGUUCAGCAAUUUAAAUCUGGCACUAUAACAGUUGAAUACUUCUUGGAGCAUGUGCUCACAAUUAUAGGUCAGAAAACGUCCUGUGUGACCGUUACGACCACCACCACCACUUCAACUAAAACGGGCCCUGGUUUCCGUGGAAUCAAAAAGCAAGUAUCGGCUCAGAAUUUACUUGAAUCUAAAAUCAUUGACCAGCAAACUUUUGAAGACCUGAGCAUCGGAAAGGUCACGGCAGAGCAAGUAAGCACUAGGGAUUCGGUGCGCAGGUACCUGCAGGGAACCGACUGCAUUGCAGGAGUGUUUGUGCAGUCCACCAAACAGACCAUGAGCAUCUAUGAAGCCAAAUCCAAAGGACAUCUAACAGCUGGAACGUCACUCGUUUUACUGGAGGCUCAAGCUGCCAUUGGAUUCAUGAUUGAUCCAUUGAAGAACAAAAAACUCUCAGUGGAGGAGGCAGUGGCUGAGGGAGUCGUGGGGGCUGAAUGGAAAAGCAAGCUGCUUUCUGCAGAGAAGGCAGUCACUGGCUACACUGACCCUCACACAGGAAACAUCAUUUCGUUGUUCCAGGCCUUGAAGAAAGAUCUCAUCGUCAGAGACCAUGGCAUCCGUCUUCUGGAAGCACAGAUUGCUACUGGAGGCAUCAUUGAUCCAGUGCACAGCCACCGUGUGCCUGUAGAGGUGGCUUACGAGAGAGGGUAUUUUGAUAAAGAAAUGAACCAGGUUCUUGCCGACCCGUCGGAUGACACCAAGGGCUUCUUUGACCCCAACACGAAGGAAAACCUCACCUACUUGCAACUACUUGGCAGGUGUGUGAGAGACCCCCACACUGGCCUAAAACUGCUUGUUGUUGUGAAGCCAGGAGAGUUUUACUUUUACAUUGACGAGCAUACAAAGACAACACUCCAGUGCACCACCACAAAGAAAGCAGGGGGUAAAUUCCAAGGAAAGGAGAUUUCCCUCUGGGAACUGAUAGACUCUGAAUACAUUGAAGAGGAAAAGAAGAGAGAUCUGGUUCAGCAAUUUAAAUCUGGCACUAUAACAGUUGAAUACUUCUUGGAGCAUGUGCUCACAAUUAUAGGUCAGAAAACGUCCUGUGUGACCGUUACGACCACCACCACCACUUCAACUAAAACGGGCCCUGGUUUCUGUGGAAUCAAAAAGCAAGUAUCGGCUCAGAAUUUACUUGAAUCUAAAAUCAUUGACCAGCAAACUUUUGAAGACCUGAGCAUCGGAAAGGUCACGGCAGAGCAAGUAAGCACUAGGGAUUCGGUGCGCAGGUACCUGCAGGGAACCGACUGCAUUGCAGGAGUGUUUGUGCAGUCCACCAAACAGACCAUGAGCAUCUAUGAAGCCAAAUCCAAAGGACAUCUAACAGCUGGAACGUCACUCGUUUUACUGGAGGCUCAAGCUGCCAUUGGAUUCAUGAUUGAUCCAUUGAAGAACAAAAAACUCUCAGUGGAGGAGGCAGUGGCUGAGGGAGUCGUGGGGGCUGAAUGGAAAAGCAAGCUGCUUUCUGCAGAGAAGGCAGUCACUGGCUACACUGACCCUCACACAGGAAACAUCAUUUCGUUGUUCCAGGCCUUGAAGAAAGAUCUCAUCGUCAGAGACCAUGGCAUCCGUCUUCUGGAAGCACAGAUUGCUACUGGAGGCAUCAUUGAUCCAGUGCACAGCCACCGUGUGCCUGUAGAGGUGGCUUACGAGAGAGGGUAUUUUGAUAAAGAAAUGAACCAGGUUCUUGCCGACCCGUCGGAUGACACCAAGGGCUUCUUUGACCCCAACACGAAGGAAAACCUCACCUACUUGCAACUACUUGGCAGGUGUGUGAGAGACCCCCACACUGGCCUAAAACUGCUUGUUGUUGUGAAGCCAGGAGAGUUUUACUUUUACAUUGACGAGCAUACAAAGACAACACUCCAGUGCACCACCACAAAGAAAGCAGGGGGUAAAUUCCAAGGAAAGGAGAUUUCCCUCUGGGAACUGAUAGACUCUGAAUACAUUGAAGAGGAAAAGAAAAGAGAUCUGGUUCAGCAAUUUAAAUCUGGCACUAUAACAGUUGAAUACUUCUUGGAGCAUGUGCUCACAAUUAUAGGUCAGAAAACGUCCUGUGUGACCGUUACGACCACCACCACCACCACUUCAACUAAAACGGGCCGUGGUUUCCGUGGAAUCAAAAAGCAAGUAACGGCUCAGAAUUUACUUGAAUCUAAAAUCAUUGACCAGCAAACUUUUGAAGACCUGAGCAUCGGAAAGGUCACGGCAGAGCAAGUAAGCACUAGGGAUUCGGUGCGCAGGUACCUGCAGGGAACCGACUGCAUUGCAGGAGUGUUUGUGCAGUCCACCAAACAGACCAUGAGCAUCUAUGAAGCCAAAUCCAAAGGACAUCUAACAGCUGGAACGUCACUCGUUUUACUGGAGGCUCAAGCUGCCAUUGGAUUCAUGAUUGAUCCAUUGAAGAACAAAAAACUCUCAGUGGAGGAGGCAGUGGCUGAGGGAGUCGUGGGGGCUGAAUGGAAAAGCAAGCUGCUUUCUGCAGAGAAGGCAGUCACUGGCUACACUGACCCUCACACAGGAAACAUCAUUUCGUUGUUCCAGGCCUUGAAGAAAGAUCUCAUCGUCAGAGACCAUGGCAUCCGUCUUCUGGAAGCACAGAUUGCUACUGGAGGCAUCAUUGAUCCAGUGCACAGCCACCGUGUGCCUGUAGAGGUGGCUUACGAGAGAGGGUAUUUUGAUAAAGAAAUGAACCAGGUUCUUGCCGACCCGUCGGAUGACACCAAGGGCUUCUUUGACCCCAACACGAAGGAAAACCUCACCUACUUGCAACUACUUGGCAGGUGUGUGAGAGACCCCCACACUGGCCUAAAACUGCUUGUUGUUGUGAAGCCAGGAGAGUUUUACUUUUACAUUGACGAGCAUACAAAGACAACACUCCAGUGCACCACCACAAAGAAAGCAGGGGGUAAAUUCCAAGGAAAGGAGAUUUCCCUCUGGGAACUGAUAGACUCUGAAUACAUUGAAGAGGAAAAGAAAAGAGAUCUGGUUCAGCAAUUUAAAUCUGGCACUAUAACAGUUGAAUACUUCUUGGAGCAUGUGCUCACAAUUAUAGGUCAGAAAACGUCCUGUGUGACCGUUACGACCACCACCACCACUUCAACUAAAACGGGCCGUGGUUUCCGUGGAAUCAAAAAGCAAGUAACGGCUCAGAAUUUACUUGAAUCUAAAAUCAUUGACCAGCAAACUUUUGAAGACCUGAGCAUCGGAAAGGUCACGGCAGAGCAAGUAAGCACUAGGGAUUCGGUGCGCAGGUACCUGCAGGGAACCGACUGCAUUGCAGGAGUGUUUGUGCAGUCCACCAAACAGACCAUGAGCAUCUAUGAAGCCAAAUCCAAAGGACAUCUAACAGCUGGAACGUCACUCGUUUUACUGGAGGCUCAAGCUGCCAUUGGAUUCAUGAUUGAUCCAUUGAAGAACAAAAAACUCUCAGUGGAGGAGGCAGUGGCUGAGGGAGUCGUGGGGGCUGAAUGGAAAAGCAAGCUGCUUUCUGCAGAGAAGGCAGUCACUGGCUACACUGACCCUCACACAGGAAACAUCAUUUCGUUGUUCCAGGCCUUGAAGAAAGAUCUCAUCGUCAGAGACCAUGGCAUCCGUCUUCUGGAAGCACAGAUUGCUACUGGAGGCAUCAUUGAUCCAGUGCACAGCCACCGUGUGCCUGUAGAGGUGGCUUACGAGAGAGGGUAUUUUGAUAAAGAAAUGAACCAGGUUCUUGCCGACCCGUCGGAUGACACCAAGGGCUUCUUUGACCCCAACACGAAGGAAAACCUCACCUACUUGCAACUACUUGGCAGGUGUGUGAGAGACCCCCACACUGGCCUAAAACUGCUUGUUGUUGUGAAGCCAGGAGAGUUUUACUUUUACAUUGACGAGCAUACAAAGACAACACUCCAGUGCACCACCACAAAGAAAGCAGGGGGUAAAUUCCAAGGAAAGGAGAUUUCCCUCUGGGAACUGAUAGACUCUGAAUACAUUGAAGAGGAAAAGAAAAGAGAUCUGGUUCAGCAAUUUAAAUCUGGCACUAUAACAGUUGAAUACUUCUUGGAGCAUGUGCUCACAAUUAUAGGUCAGAAAACGUCCUGUGUGACCGUUACGACCACCACCACCACCACUUCAACUAAAACGGGCCGUGGUUUCCGUGGAAUCAAAAAGCAAGUAACGGCUCAGAAUUUACUUGAAUCUAAAAUCAUUGACCAGCAAACUUUUGAAGACCUGAGCAUCGGAAAGGUCACGGCAGAGCAAGUAAGCACUAGGGAUUCGGUGCGCAGGUACCUGCAGGGAACCGACUGCAUUGCAGGAGUGUUUGUGCAGUCCACCAAACAGACCAUGAGCAUCUAUGAAGCCAAAUCCAAAGGACAUCUAACAGCUGGAACGUCACUCGUUUUACUGGAGGCUCAAGCUGCCAUUGGAUUCAUGAUUGAUCCAUUGAAGAACAAAAAACUCUCAGUGGAGGAGGCAGUGGCUGAGGGAGUCGUGGGGGCUGAAUGGAAAAGCAAGCUGCUUUCUGCAGAGAAGGCAGUCACUGGCUACACUGACCCUCACACAGGAAACAUCAUUUCGUUGUUCCAGGCCUUGAAGAAAGAUCUCAUCGUCAGAGACCAUGGCAUCCGUCUUCUGGAAGCACAGAUUGCUACUGGAGGCAUCAUUGAUCCAGUGCACAGCCACCGUGUGCCUGUAGAGGUGGCUUACGAGAGAGGGUAUUUUGAUAAAGAAAUGAACCAGGUUCUUGCCGACCCGUCGGAUGACACCAAGGGCUUCUUUGACCCCAACACGAAGGAAAACCUCACCUACUUGCAACUACUUGGCAGGUGUGUGAGAGACCCCCACACUGGCCUAAAACUGCUUGUUGUUGUGAAGCCAGGAGAGUUUUACUUUUACAUUGACGAGCAUACAAAGACAACACUCCAGUGCACCACCACAAAGAAAGCAGGGGGUAAAUUCCAAGGAAAGGAGAUUUCCCUCUGGGAACUGAUAGACUCUGAAUACAUUGAAGAGGAAAAGAAAAGAGAUCUGGUUCAGCAAUUUAAAUCUGGCACUAUAACAGUUGAAUACUUCUUGGAGCAUGUGCUCACAAUUAUAGGUCAGAAAACGUCCUGUGUGACCGUUACGACCACCACCACCACUUCAACUAAAACGGGCCCUGGUUUCCGUGGAAUCAAAAAGCAAGUAUCGGCUCAGAAUUUACUUGAAUCUAAAAUCAUUGACCAGCAAACUUUUGAAGACCUGAGCAUCGGAAAGGUCACGGCAGAGCAAGUAAGCACUAGGGAUUCGGUGCGCAGGUACCUGCAGGGAACCGACUGCAUUGCAGGAGUGUUUGUGCAGUCCACCAAACAGACCAUGAGCAUCUAUGAAGCCAAAUCCAAAGGACAUCUAACAGCUGGAACGUCACUCGUUUUACUGGAGGCUCAAGCUGCCAUUGGAUUCAUGAUUGAUCCAUUGAAGAACAAAAAACUCUCAGUGGAGGAGGCAGUGGCUGAGGGAGUCGUGGGGGCUGAAUGGAAAAGCAAGCUGCUUUCUGCAGAGAAGGCAGUCACUGGCUACACUGACCCUCACACAGGAAACAUCAUUUCGUUGUUCCAGGCCUUGAAGAAAGAUCUCAUCGUCAGAGACCAUGGCAUCCGUCUUCUGGAAGCACAGAUUGCUACUGGAGGCAUCAUUGAUCCAGUGCACAGCCACCGUGUGCCUGUAGAGGUGGCUUACGAGAGAGGGUAUUUUGAUAAAGAAAUGAACCAGGUUCUUGCCGACCCGUCGGAUGACACCAAGGGCUUCUUUGACCCCAACACGAAGGAAAACCUCACCUACUUGCAACUACUUGGCAGGUGUGUGAGAGACCCCCACACUGGCCUAAAACUGCUUGUUGUUGUGAAGCCAGGAGAGUUUUACUUUUACAUUGACGAGCAUACAAAGACAACACUCCAGUGCACCACCACAAAGAAAGCAGGGGGUAAAUUCCAAGGAAAGGAGAUUUCCCUCUGGGAACUGAUAGACUCUGAAUACAUUGAAGAGGAAAAGAAGAGAGAUCUGGUUCAGCAAUUUAAAUCUGGCACUAUAACAGUUGAAUACUUCUUGGAGCAUGUGCUCACAAUUAUAGGUCAGAAAACGUCCUGUGUGACCGUUACGACCACCACCACCACUUCAACUAAAACGGGCCCUGGUUUCUGUGGAAUCAAAAAGCAAGUAUCGGCUCAGAAUUUACUUGAAUCUAAAAUCAUUGACCAGCAAACUUUUGAAGACCUGAGCAUCGGAAAGGUCACGGCAGAGCAAGUAAGCACUAGGGAUUCGGUGCGCAGGUACCUGCAGGGAACCGACUGCAUUGCAGGAGUGUUUGUGCAGUCCACCAAACAGACCAUGAGCAUCUAUGAAGCCAAAUCCAAAGGACAUCUAACAGCUGGAACGUCACUCGUUUUACUGGAGGCUCAAGCUGCCAUUGGAUUCAUGAUUGAUCCAUUGAAGAACAAAAAACUCUCAGUGGAGGAGGCAGUGGCUGAGGGAGUCGUGGGGGCUGAAUGGAAAAGCAAGCUGCUUUCUGCAGAGAAGGCAGUCACUGGCUACACUGACCCUCACACAGGAAACAUCAUUUCGUUGUUCCAGGCCUUGAAGAAAGAUCUCAUCGUCAGAGACCAUGGCAUCCGUCUUCUGGAAGCACAGAUUGCUACUGGAGGCAUCAUUGAUCCAGUGCACAGCCACCGUGUGCCUGUAGAGGUGGCUUACGAGAGAGGGUAUUUUGAUAAAGAAAUGAACCAGGUUCUUGCCGACCCGUCGGAUGACACCAAGGGCUUCUUUGACCCCAACACGAAGGAAAACCUCACCUACUUGCAACUACUUGGCAGGUGUGUGAGAGACCCCCACACUGGCCUAAAACUGCUUGUUGUUGUGAAGCCAGGAGAGUUUUACUUUUACAUUGACAAGCAUACAAAGACAACACUCCAGUGCACCACCACAAAGAAAGCAGGGGGUAAAUUCCAAGGAAAGGAGAUUUCCCUCUGGGAACUGAUAGACUCUGAAUACAUUGAAGAGGAAAAGAAAAGAGAUCUGGUUCAGCAAUUUAAAUCUGGCACUAUAACAGUUGAAUACUUCUUGGAGCAUGUGCUCACAAUUAUAGGUCAGAAAACGUCCUGUGUGACCGUUACGACCACCACCACCACUUCAACUAAAACGGGCCCUGGUUUCCGUGGAAUCAAAAAGCAAGUAUCGGCUCAGAAUUUACUUGAAUCUAAAAUCAUUGACCAGCAAACUUUUGAAGACCUGAGCAUCGGAAAGGUCACGGCAGAGCAAGUAAGCACUAGGGAUUCGGUGCGCAGGUACCUGCAGGGAACCGACUGCAUUGCAGGAGUGUUUGUGCAGUCCACCAAACAGACCAUGAGCAUCUAUGAAGCCAAAUCCAAAGGACAUCUAACAGCUGGAACGUCACUCGUUUUACUGGAGGCUCAAGCUGCCAUUGGAUUCAUGAUUGAUCCAUUGAAGAACAAAAAACUCUCAGUGGAGGAGGCAGUGGCUGAGGGAGUCGUGGGGGCUGAAUGGAAAAGCAAGCUGCUUUCUGCAGAGAAGGCAGUCACUGGCUACACUGACCCUCACACAGGAAACAUCAUUUCGUUGUUCCAGGCCUUGAAGAAAGAUCUCAUCGUCAGAGACCAUGGCAUCCGUCUUCUGGAAGCACAGAUUGCUACUGGAGGCAUCAUUGAUCCAGUGCACAGCCACCGUGUGCCUGUAGAGGUGGCUUACGAGAGAGGGUAUUUUGAUAAAGAAAUGAACCAGGUUCUUGCCGACCCGUCGGAUGACACCAAGGGCUUCUUUGACCCCAACACGAAGGAAAACCUCACCUACUUGCAACUACUUGGCAGGUGUGUGAGAGACCCCCACACUGGCCUAAAACUGCUUGUUGUUGUGAAGCCAGGAGAGUUUUACUUUUACAUUGACGAGCAUACAAAGACAACACUCCAGUGCACCACCACAAAGAAAGCAGGAGGUAAAUUCCAAGGAAAGGAGAUUUCCCUCUGGGAACUGAUAGACUCUGAAUACAUUGAAGAGGAAAAGAAAAGAGAUCUGGUUCAGCAAUUUAAAUCUGGCACUAUAACAGUUGAAUACUUCUUGGAGCAUGUGCUCACAAUUAUAGGUCAGAAAACGUCCUGUGUGACCGUUACAACCACCCCUACAACUAAAAUGGGUCCUGGUUUCUGUGGAAUCAAAAAGCAAGUAGAUGCAUCAAACAUCCACACAAUGGUUUCACCUGACUGAGCUUAACGAAAUGAGAAAAAUACUUUAACUGUUUGUUCACUUAAUGAAUUACAAAAACAUACUUGAUUCAGUUUGCGGUCUUUAGGUUUGGAAGAACCAGUUAGAUAUUAUGAUUUUCAUAUGAUAUACCUAUUAUACCUUUCUUAAGCAUUUAUUCUUUUGUCAUCUAUCAGGUUUUGCCUGUUUGCUCAUGUUCUUUCUUCAUACCUAGAGAAAUUCUCCUUCUUGAUUGUUUGUACCUUGUGCUUUAUUCUUUGUUCAAGGUAUUGCCUUGUUUAUUAUUUCUAAAUUCUCCAUCCAACAGUAACAUUACGGUGUUUAAACACCAUAGCUAUACUGAGUUACUUUCAGUAUGAUGCUGCUACAUCCGUCAAAUAACCUUAGGUCAUGAAUACUGAUUUCAAGUGGGUGUAGAGGCACUGACAAAAUAUGCAUGGUUACAGCCAGAUUAUAUUUUUCCUUUGCACCUGAUUAAACCGAGUAUUGAUACAAGGUAUAUGCACAUCAAAACUGGAAAGUGAGUGUUCGCUUUUUAUUGUAGAUCUUUAUCAUUCUUCAUAAAAUAUUGCAUUUGUAGAGAUUUAUCAUUGUCUGUCUAUUUCCCUACAUUUUUUCAUGUUUUCAGAAUAAAAUUGUUGGAUAUUGAAAAGUAUGUCACACAAUUAUAUUUUUCUUAAAUUGUGAAAGGAGUGGAAUCUUUGAAUGCUUACCUUUUAAAACACUAAUAAAGUUUCCUUAUUCAA